AUGGAAAACUUUAAAGUACCCAGGGAAAGACCGAGACUAUUAUCUCCUAUUAUUGAUGAGAUAGGGAACUUUGACCAUGGAGAAGAUAGAGUUGAAGAUAAAGAAAAGCAAUCUAUUAAACGUCUUCAAAAUAUAUUAGACCAGGAAUUAGAAAAAGUCAAGAACACGUCGAACUCUGAUCACCAAUCUAGAAAAAAGAGGUUUUUGGUACAUAAGCAAGUUCUAGGACACCUACUUGAACAUGUUACAUCCUAUAAAGAUAUCCUUGCUAUUAUUAAGGCCCAAUACGAAAAUGUCAUCGAUCAUUUAGAACAAGAAAAGGAAGAGGCCAUACUAUCUGCGUCUAAACUAAAGUCUUUAACUUACACUCAGGCUACUCUAGGAAAAAAGAGGAAUGAUAUCAUCCGUAAAGACCGAGAAAUGAGGACAAUUAAUAAGAAAGUAGUUACCAAGCUUGAAAAAAAUUUUUUGGGAUAUGCUCCAGGAAUAUCGAAAAAGGACGUUGAUAAUGUUAAAGCAUUACGGCAGGAAUUAGAUAAAUGCGAAUCGGAUAUUCAAGAAAUAAAAGAUACAGAAAAUAUAAAAUUUGCUUCUAAAGAAAUUCAAGCAACCCUGAAGAAGCAGUGGGCGACUAAGGAGGAUAAUUAUCGAGGCAUUGUCGAUGAUCAUCAGCAAUUAGCCAUUAAGGGGCAUAUGUAUAAAGUAGCGAGUGAGGCUUUGCAGACUUGUUUAUUACAAAGUGGUUCCAAUGAGUCUUUAAUUGAUUUUGAGUCUACUUUAAAAGUUCUCAAAAACGUUAUAGAAUCUUAUCACGGAACUUAUGAUCUGCAAAUGGCCAAAAGUAAUUUAUUUGAUGAGGACGAUCCUACAAAGGAAAAAGAAGCUGAAAUUAUUUUGGAAUAUAUUGAAGCCUUUAAUGUGCUAUUUCAGGAUAAGCAUUAUGAACAGGCCGCUAUCCAUGCUGCUAAUUCUCCAAGGGGAGUUCUAAGGACGACGCAAACUUUGAAUCGAUUUAAAGAAGCGAAAAAACAAGCAAGUUGCAGAUCACCCUUGCUAGCAUAUUGCGAAGCGAUUAUGUCUUCUGCGGAAGCGGUUAGCCACAGACCAACUGUAAAUGAUUCCAUCGAGUACAUCAACUGUGCUUUAACUGAAGGAAGAGAUGAUCUUGUUGUCCACUGGAUUGCCCAAGGACAGUUGACUCUAAGCGAAGUCAUGGGAGAUAUCAUCUUAAGCUUCUCUAAUAAUGAAACCGAUCUUAACGAUUUUGUUAAUAGGGCUAUUCAUCCGUUUAGAAAAUAUACCAUGUAUGUGACACUGGCUCAAAGUAUUUAUUCACAAUGUGAAUGUCACAAAAAAGUUACUCACUGCUACCAUAAGCGUGGCCUAUAUCAGAAUCUACUUGCAUAUUGUCAAGAAGUUAAUUAUACAAUUAAAGACUUUACGCAAUUGUUAUCCGAAUUUCCUGUAUUCGAAGUUAGUAAAUUAUUAUGCCGAAGAGAAUCAAAUAGCUUUGCUCCACUUUCAGUACAUCAGGUUGUUAAUUUAUUGCAUGACUUAAAUAAAUGGGAUGUUAUUGAAAAUCUGCUGCAAUUCAUCUACGAUGAGACAAAUUCGAAUUUAUUACCUCUCGUAAUUCAAGAGAUAUCUGUAACCCAACGGCAGUGGCAACAAGUUAUACAUAUCGCAGCAAACUUAGGACUACAUGAAAUUGUACGUAGACCAUAA